GAGCACGGGGGCUGGCUCCUGUGGCAGCGGACGCUUUGAAAGUGACAGACCAGGAAGAAGAGCGGGGGAGUUUUCCGGAGCACGCGAACAAGGGAACAGCCGACAAAGCAAGGCUUUUUAACUUUUAUUUAUGCUACAGAGCUCGGGAAUUAUCUCCCAGCGGCUGUUGUUCGACAGGGAGGGGAAGGAAGGCGCGGCCGGCGCCACCCGCUGGGCAGCAGCUGUGGUAGCGCCCGGGUUCCGAGUUGGCGCGCGGUUCGAAAAGUGCGGGGCGCGCGCGCGCCGGGACUGAGCGCUCCAUUCCCCUCAGAGCCCUCAGCGCCCGCUCCCAUCGCUCACUGCCUUCCCUUCAGCGCCCUCAGCGCCGGGACUGAGCGCUCCAUUCCCCUCAGAGCCCGCUCCCAUCGCUCACUGCCUUCCCUUCAGCGCCCUCAGCGCCGGGACUGAGCGCUCCCUUCCCCUCGGAGCCCUCAGCGUCCGCUCCCACCGCUCACCGCCCUCCCCUCAGCGCCGGCUCCCUCCGCUCCUCUCUCAGGGCCGGCUGCCGGGGCUCCCCGGGCUCCGGACUGCGCUGCUGGGACACCCGUUCCGCCCCCGGGGCACCUCUGUCACCCCCGAGCCUCGGCGCGGGUCAGCCCCGGCUUCUCGGAGGAGUCGCGAUUUCAGCAUCGCCCUGCGACGGUCCGGAACUCCGCAGGGAAGCAGCGGGCACGGAACGCACCGGUUCGGUUCUCACAAACGCUCCAAAGCGCUUCCUACCUCCUCCUGUGGCAGCAUAAAGUCAAAUACUCGGAGCUGUAAACGGGCAGUGAUUCUGAGAAAUGGAUGAGGGUGAUUUUGAAGCUUAUGAAAAGGAAAUCCAGGCACUGGAAGAAGAAAUAAGGCUGCUGACAGAAAAGUACGAAGAUAUGCGACAAGAAUCCGCCUUCUUUUCUGAGAGAGAUCUGAGGCAAUAAAAUCACUCCAGGAAGAAACUGAAGGAGAAACCAAGGGACAUGAAUCUCUAUCAGAACUGAAAGCUCAGCUUGAAAGUCUAGAAACAGAUCUCGCAUUUCUAAUGGAACUUACUGGGUUUCAUUUCACAAGUCAUUCCAAGAAAACAGUGGAAAAGACUCAAAACAGGACCGUGCAGAAGCACAGAUUAUCAGGGAAGUGUCACUCCAUACCUUUUCAAGUGGAAUUCCAGCUUCUUGAAAUGCAGAAGGAUGAGAAAGUGUCUGCUGUUGUUAGUGAUCUCAGCAUCGUAAUGGAAUCCAGAGAAGAUUCAAAUGUGAGCAAGUUUGUGUCACGCUCUGAAGAAUGUGGAGAUAUUAUAACAUUUUUCAGAAGCCUUUCAACCUAUGCUGAGUGGUAUGAGCAUCGUAGACACACCUUCCUGCAUUUCAAGACCAAGUAUCCUGACAUUGUGACCCUUCCAGAGGGACUGCUGGGAGAUUUUAUAAUUCUAAGGAACCCCAAAGUUCCUGGGUUUGAACUGGUGAUGGUCUGGAAGAUCCAUCUUGAUGAAGAAGGGACCACUACACCUGUCCUGGACCUGCUGCCCAAAGUACCAGAGCAAGUGCUGGAGCAGAGCACGAGGAGCGUGGGGAGCAUCCCCGGCAGCUUCCGCAGCGCCCUGCGGCUCCUCGGCAUCGAGGCUGCCCUGGAGAGCCUGAUCCGAGCGCUGGGCUCGGCCCACUGAAGGCCAGCACUGCUCACACCAGGUAGCAACUGCAAAAGUAGUUUUCAUUAAGAUAUUGUGUUACACGGUCUGUAAUUUUAUUGAAUAUAAACAUUAAGUUAUUUUCCAUUUAGAAACCAUACUCAUAAAACAUGCUAUCUGUACAAUUAUGGCACGUUAUAUAUAAAUUGUCAUGACAUGAAAAUAAAUACAGCCAUUUAAAUACAAAAAUGCCAAAUAAAAUAGUUACAUGUACAGAGUGAUUUCAUUAUAAAUUUAUCUUUCUGAAUCAUUAA